AUGUCCGGACGCGGCAAGCAAGGCGGAAAGGCCCGAGCUAAGGCUAAGACCCGCUCUUCGCGGGCCGGACUCCAGUUCCCUGUGGGCCGCGUGCACCGCUUGCUCCGCAAGGGCAACUACUCCGAGCGAGUCGGGGCCGGCGCGCCAGUGUAUCUGGCGGCCGUGUUGGAGUACCUGACCGCCGAGAUUCUGGAGCUGGCGGGCAACGCGGCCCGCGACAACAAGAAGACCCGCAUCAUCCCCCGACACCUGCAGCUAGCCAUCCGCAACGACGAGGAGCUAAACAAGUUGCUGGGUAAAGUCACAAUUGCUCAGGGCGGUGUUCUGCCCAACAUCCAGGCUGUACUGCUCCCCAAGAAGACUGAGAGCCACCACAAGGCCAAGGGCAAGUAA